AUGUGGAACGAUACCUCUAUUCCUAAUCUUACCGGAAAAGUUGCGCUGGUGACAGGCGGAAAUACAGGAAUUGGUCUUCAAACAGUCAAACAGCUGGCAUUGCAUGGUGCCAAAGUGUAUAUGGGGGCCAGAUCUGAAUCUCGAGCAAAAGAAGCAAUCGAGAGCAUCCUUUCGGAAAACCAUACCAUUGGUCAAGAGCAUAUAAUAUGGCUGCCAUUAGAUUUGUCGAAACUAUUCAAUAUCGUGGAGGCUGCGCAGUUGCUGUCAUCUUGGGAAAAAAGAUUAGAUAUCUUGAUCAAUAAUGCCGGCAUAGCAGCUGAUGAUUUUACAACGACCACGGAAGGCUUUGAGUCAACAAUCGCUGUCAAUCAUAUUGGUCAUUUUGUACUCACUACGAAGCUUUUGCCGCUUCUCAAAGCCACUGCAUCUCAAGCUGGCUCUGAUGUCCGCGUCGUGACAAUAAGCUCUUCUGCUGAGAGAUUUGCAUCUAAACAUAAUGUUUUCGCAACAAUCAAAGAUCUUAGUGAUCCUGGAACGACCAACCCGAACGAUUAUACUUCACGAACGGUUGUCUUCAGUCGCUAUGGCGCUAGUAAAUUAGCGAACAUUCUUUUUACAAGGGAAUUGCAGAGACGACUGGACCAAGAAGACGUUAAAAUUAUUGCACUGGCACUCGACCCCGGCCCAGUUGCUACUGAUGGCGGUAUGGGAGUGUUUCCUAGCUUUCUGAAACUGGUCUUAAAGUUAGUGAUGAAAAGCCCCGAAAAAGGCGCUCUGAAUCAACUUUUUUGUGCGACUGCAAAGGAAGUUAUAGAGGAGCCAAAGACAUACAAAGGUAAGUUCUUGACCGCGCCGGGAAAAAUAAGCCCUGGAUCGGAAAGAUCGCGCGAUAGUGAGUUGGCUCAAUCUUUGUGGCGGAUUACAGAGGAAGCUUUAAAGAAUGUUGGAGUAUCAUAA